AUGGCCAGUCACAACUCAUACCCAAACUUUACAGACCUGAGCCUGAAAGAUGAACGCCUAUCCUCAACCAUCUCACGAGUCCCCAGCUACCACACGGACGACUUCUGGCCCACGCAAAAGAAAAAGCCGCGAGUUCACCUACGGCCCCGUACCCUCCCUAAGCGCGAUGCCAGCAUACGUAGGAAAAAGGCGGGGUGGAUGUUCUUCCCUACAUUCCUCCUAUCGGCCGCACUUCCUAUUGCUUGGCUUGUGCUAUGGUUCACCACAACCGACGACGAGAAGACCUGCCGCCUCGAUGAAAACAGCGCCCCGAUAUUCGGCAUCAAUUACUCGAUCGGCGUAUUAUCUUUCACGGCGGCAAAGUGGGUGGAUGUUGCUUUCGACGUUGUUGUAGGCCAUGGCGGACAGGCGCUGCUGUGUUGGGUAUCAUACAGAGCGAUACUGGAUACGCUGUCGCAAAUGAUGGAGUCGGAUGAGGUGUCCUAUGAGCUUUUUAUCACGCUCACAAUGAACGGAAGCACUUUUCUUACGCUGCUGGCUAUAUUGAAGCGUAUAGCGACUAGAUGGGAGCACCGUGGGAGAAUGACAUUGAUUUUCCUGGUGACGGCAUAUGUGCUGAUAUUCCCUACUUUGAUGGCUGCAAUGACAGGCUAUAGCACCCGCGCUGAAGGCUGGUUCAUCCUCAACGACGGGAACCUCGUUACCCACGAUACAUUUCUGUACGAGAUGCGGGACGCACAAAUCAUUCUCGACGGCUCCCGCAUCGGAAUGGAAGAUAAGGCAACCUUCUCCCUCGAGAAAUGGGCCGAAAUCUCCGGUGCAAACCAUACAGAAUAUGAAGGAAUCGGCCACGAAUACCGCAUCGGUGAUGUCGUCUACCGUGUCGGUUUCGAGCCCCUUCAUACGCAAUUCGGCUACCAAUUCCGCGGUGAGGCCUACGACAUGGCCUUCACCAGCAACCCGAACCGGCACCGGUGCAUCGCCACCGAAAAGUACCAGUACGGUGUCUCCACGGUGAUAUUCCGGGGCACCAUCGUGCUUCAGAUGCUGUGGACCUACACCAUCUAUGCUCUGUGGGUACACGCAAAUCGGAAAGGCCAGCUGUGUAGCGCGGGCAGGAAGUUGGGGCCUUUUAGGGCGGUGGCGGAUCUAGCUGGGGCGAUGAAGGUGGACUUGGGUGAGAACGCGAGCGCGUAUCCAGACAAGGUGCUGGAGAAGGAGUGUUCGCGGUCGAAACCGGGACUUAGAUAUUAUAUAGAUCCUCAUGGAGACGGAACGUGGCAUGUGGGGUUGUCGUCAGGCAGGCCAAAGGACGAGGUUCUGGUCCUGGACGAUGAUGCGCGGUUAUACAGAUAG